UUGCGAACCAAACACGAAAACAAUUUUUCUGUGACCCGGAAAUAACGCCGCAUAUAUGUUGGCAAUUUGGCAUUCCUUAUCCCGCAACGCAAGAGAGUCUGAUGAGGCCUACAGGCAAGGCAAGGCAACAACAUAAUUUAUCGUCGUUAUCUUUUUACGCAAUUGCAGGUAUCGACUAUCAAGUGCUUUAAUCGCCGUCCAUUUAAAGAUCAGCAAAAUCUGUCACAGCUAGGACCCACCAUCACCGUUGAUCAGAUCACUACCAGGCCCAACUAGGACCCACCAUCCGCUGUCCAGUAAAAGUCCAAAUUCUACUAAAAAGUUAAAAACAAAAAGAAUUUAUAUGUCAUUCUCGUUUGUUGGUUCGUUCUCCAAACUCACAUGUCGCUCGCCGUCACCCCAGAACCCCAAAACCCCACCAACGGUUCCGAGAUUGAAGAGAUAAAAAUGGCCUUCAACAAAUUCGACGUCGUAUCAGAUGCGUCGGAUCACCAUUACUUCGUCGACAAGCACAGCACCAAGAAAUCAACCGGUCAAGAUUGCUUCGUCAAUGCUGCUAGUAGCGUCUACAAGAAGGUCAUUCAGGAGUGGCGGAUCCUCGAGAGAAACCUCCCGGAGUCAAUCUUCGUUCGGGUCUACGAGAAUCGCAUCGAUCUUCUCCAGGCAGUGAUUAUCGGAGCCGCCGGUACCCCGUAUCACGAUGGACUCUACUUCUUUGACUUAGCCUUCCCGAUCGAUUACCCGCACCGUCCUCCUCUCGUGCACUACCAUUCAUUCGGUAUGAGGAUCAACCCGAACCUGUAUGAGAACGGGCGGGUCUGCCUGAGCCUGCUGAACACUUGGAGCGGCAAGAAGUGCGAGAAGUGGAACGCGAAUGAGUCGACGGUUCUUCAGGUUUUAGUGUCAAUCCAAGCCCUGGUUCUCAACGAGAAACCGUAUUACAACGAACCGGGUGUGUUGUCGGGUCGGGUCAAGUGGGAUAAGAAGUCCAUGGCUUAUAAUGAGAACGUGUUUGUCUUGUCUUGCAAGACAAUGCUGUGUCUAUUACGCAACCCUCCAAAGAACUUCGAGGAUUUCGUUGCAGGGCAUUUCAGAGAACGAGCAGAGGCGAUAAUUUCAGCCUGUAAUGCCUAUAUGAAUGGCCGUGCCAUGGUAGCGUACUACAGAAACGACGGUGGUGAUGGGUCGUCCUCAUUGGGGAAGAAGAAGGUCUACGUGUCGGACAAAUUCAAGGGUUUGGUGGACAAAUUGUAUCCUCAGCUGGUGGCGGCGUUUACAAAGAAUGGAACUCCGUUGAGUAUUUUCUACGAUCAGGCGAAGGUCGAGAUUAAAGCUGGGUCUUUCAAUGAUAAUCAUCCUCGUGUGGUUGUGAAGAAGAAGGGGACAAUUGGGAUCCUGAAGAGGGUUUUUGGGAGAGUAAAGGUGUUUCUGGGACUGAACAAGAAAGCUGAUCAGGGAAGCCGAAACGACGUCAAAAAGGAGUCUUGAAGGGACCCAGCUGGGAUUUUCUCUGUUAUUUAACGCCACUUUAGACAAGGAAAAUAAGAGAGUAGGAUUCGCAGAAGGAGAGUACGAAAAAGGGACUUAUUUUACUCUUCUUUGACUAUGAUUAGUUAGGGUUUCUGGUGUUCUAAAGUGAUGGUAUAGAUGGGAUGCUCUGUGUAAGAAUGCUUUUGAUAUGAUGGUAUAUAAAAGAAUGGGAUUAAAGAGUUGCUGUG